CAGUUAAUUUUCAGUGAAUCUUUUGGAAUUUUUGAUGUUGUUGGUAUCAGGUCGUUCUGGUCUAAUGGAGCUGAUACGUUACGGAGGCUCAGAAGUGCCAAAACAAGUUUAGCAGUUCAGCGGUAGAAAGGUGCAUGAGGAGGACAACCUGUUUCUAAUAUCACCGUUGAGCUGCCGUCAUGUGUUGCUGAGUCAGCAGUACCGCCGCCAAUGUUUCCAGCUGCAGAAUUUCAGAUCUGACCGAACUCUGCAGCAACUCACCUUCAGAUGUGACAGAAAUCUCCAGGUGUUUGACAGCAGGACGCUGCACUCUGGCGUCGUGAGUCGAGGACCCAUUGUCCAGUUCAAACUGUCUGAUAUUGGAGAGGGAAUCAUGGAGGUGACGGUGAAGGAGUGGUAUGUGAAGGAGGGGGACAAGGUUUCUCAGUUCGACAGUAUCUGUGAGGUCCAGAGCGACAAGGCAUCGGUCACCAUCACCAGCCGCUACGACGGAGUCAUCAGAAAACUCUACUACGAUGUGGACGCCACCGCCUUAGUGGGCAAACCGUUGGUUGACAUCGAGACGGAGUCUGGUUCAGAGGUGAUCCAGGAGGAGGACGUGGUGGAAACGCCCGCCAUGGCCCGAGAGGAACACACCCACCAGGAGAUCAAAGGUCACAAGACCCAGGCCACACCCGCUGUCAGACGCCUCGCCAUGGAGAACAACAUUAAGCUCAGUGAGGUCCUGGGGACAGGGAAAGAUGGUCGGAUCCUGAAGGAGGACAUCUUGAACUUCCUGGCAAAGCAGACCGGAGCCAUCUUACCUCCAACCCCGUCCCAGGAGAUCCAGACUCCGGGUCCAGGUCCGGCUCCUGCUCCUGCUGCCUCUGCCAGGCCUGUGAGCACUCCAGCAGCCACCAAACCUCUGCCCAAAUCACCCAAACUGGUCUUCACUGGCAAGGAUGUCACCGAGCCCCUCAAAGGUUUCCAUAAAGCCAUGGUGAAGACAAUGAUGGCAGCUCUGAAGAUUCCUCACUUCGGGUACUGUGACGAGGUGGACCUGAGCCGCCUUGUGGCUCUGAGAGCUGAACUCAGGCCAGUGAUGGAGGGUCGAGGGGUCAAACUGAGCUACAUGCCCUUUUUUAUCAAGGCUGCCUCUCUCGGCCUCCUCCACUUCCCGAUCCUCAACGCCUCCGUGGAUGAGGGCUGCCAGAACAUCACCUACAAGGCGUCCCACAACAUCGGCCUGGCGAUGGACACCAGUCAGGGCCUGCUGGUCCCUAAUGUGAAGAAUGUCCAGCUGCUCAGUGUGUUCGACAUUGCUCAGGAGCUGAACCGUCUGCAGGCCCUGGGAGCUGCCGGACAGCUGGGAACCGCUGACCUGACCGGAGGGACCUUCACCCUGUCCAACAUUGGAUCCAUUGGAGGGACGUAUGCCAAGCCGGUGAUUCUUCCUCCUGAAGUUACCAUUGGAGCACUGGGAAAAAUCCAGGUUCUUCCUCGGUUUGACGCCGGUGGGCAGGUGGUCCCAGCUCACAUCAUGAAUGUCAGCUGGUCGGCAGACCACCGCAUCAUUGAUGGAGCCACCAUGUGCCGCUUCUCCAACCUGUGGAGGGAGUACCUGGAGAACCCAGCCAGCAUGGUGCUGGACCUCAAAUAAAUGGACAUAUUUCCCAUCAGCCUCAGGAGGAUGGAGGCGCCGUACCAACAGACUGUUACGCCUCCUCCUACUACCUUCGCUCCAUCUCUCUGUUGGAGGCUGUCAUGUUCACUCACUUUCAUUUCCUUGUUGCCUUUGAGCAACAGCCUGUCAGAGGGUCAGGCUGUCAAUCAUGUUUCCGUGACGACCAGUCACACAGGUGGAGGUUAGAUGUAGCUAACUUUGAAAGAUUUUUGCUUUAAAAUGCAGAGUUGAUGGUGGCGACACUGAGUUUCUUCAUGUUUUAGAGGAGAGUUUCUACUUGUGGUGGAUGAUGGGUCCGUCUGCGGGCCGGGCUCAUACGAGACUUUUAUCUGGUAGGAAUGAACCUAGGGUUCAGAUAAACAGUGGAAAAGGUCCAUGCAGUGUUUGUUUUGGAGCUUAACUAACUUUAAGAUGAUCACAGCAACAGCACGUAGAACUGAAAGAAUCAGUUUAUACAUGAAACAGCGUGCAGCUCUGACGGUGUUUUUUUCUUUUUCUAGACAAACAGUGAAAAAACUUUGUCUAGAACAGACUGUGAAACAGCAGGGUUCUCUCCUUUUUGUGGUGGAGCCGAAGAACAUGUGACGAUGUCACUUUUUUUUUUUAAACUGUUCAAAGAUAAAACUGUUACAUAUAAUCCACAGAUGAAUCAAUCUCCAAUUAAUUAUUGGUGCUCACAAAUUUCCCACAAGUUGUCUUAUGAAAAUGAAUAGGAUCAUGUCACAUGAUCAUCACCUGCAGGUCAUCACACCUGAACAAACUGAUUCGGUGAAGAGCUCUAGAACAGACACUAAUGGACUCUGCUGAGAUCCUCCAACACAGAUGCAGAUGAAAAUAUUAACACUAAUGUAGACCAGUUGUGAGCUGUGCCUUGAUGGUUGCAGUGAACAUAGCUUCUGCCCGUGGUGGUGUAGGGGCAGCACACCGAGUGAGAACAUCAGCCACAGCCUGUAAAACUGGUCUGUGUUCUGUAGUGCUGGAAAUUUCCUGACAAUUCUGAAAUGAAUCAGACAUGCUGUGAAAUUGGGUCAUUUGGGUUCAUCCGGAUCCUGAAACUGGCACUAUGACCCCUUGAUCUUAAAUGUGAGCAGCUGGUCUGAGAUCAGAACACAGAUGGGGCUCAUUGCUUUGCCGUUGAUGGACUGAAACAUGAAGAAACACCAGGAUAGUCCUUUAAAGUUAUGUUGUUUUCACUGUUUGUUUCUCUAGGGAGCAAAGUUUCAACACUAAAUCUCUGUCCAUGUACUGUACACCUGUGUCAUGUGACCAGAUUUUCUCUUGUGAUUCAGUGAAAUUAAAUGAAACCGAGUGGAACAGGACUUGUUAUCAGACAUGUCGAUGAAAGUGGGACUGAAGCCCUGAGACGUCGGUGGAGCAUUGUCCUGAUGAUCCGGCUGUAAUGAGACUGAACUUUGUGCAGUGAGCAGCAGAAAACACAGAGAAUAAUCAUUCAUGUGAUGUCUCUGCAGCCACAUCAUCAUUCAUGCUUCAGCUUGUGUUGAUACCUUGUAAGGAUGUGCUAUUUUCCACAAAGUCCAUCCAGAGACUAACAGAUGGCCUAGGGUGGUUAAUAACUGGUGGACAACAGUGGCGGUCUACAGCACAGAGCGAUGAGCUGGACCAGGGUCUGGACUCACACACAAUAUGGUGAGGACACCACACUCACUGGUGCUGCUGGUCUCUGGACAGGGUUUGUGGGAAUCCACAACAACAUACGAAACCACCAGCUGCAUCCUUUAAUGGUCGGAACAUGUUUGAAUGUUUUGACACUCCCUGGAGGUAAGCUGCAGUCACACACCUGUGCAUUUCCACCUGAGCCCCAGUGCGCACAUUAAUGAACUUGCUUUAUUCUCAGUCUGCCAUCAGUACCAGGACAGGUCUAGUAUCCUGAGUUCCUGCUGUGAGAUGUGACACAAACAAGUCCUGGUGUGAAUUAAAACCAAGCUGAAAAUGUAAACAGCAGGUGGUGCUGUGCAGAACUCUGUGCUGCUCUGAAGACACUGCUAAGGCAGUUGGACUGAACAAACUAUUAGUGGUUGUUUCUGGUUCUCUGAUUUGGUUUGUGUGCUGACCGUGGUGCGUUGGAGGUCUGGCUCGGAAACCAGAGACCAGCAGGCUGUUGUCGGUGGAGAAGUCCAUCUGGUCCUGGUCUCUUAGCUUUCAUCUUGCUGGUGUAAGCCCGACCUGUCAGUACUGGAUCUGUCCUCUCCGGCAGACCAGAACUGACUCGUCUCUACCUGAUCCUUCCUCUCCAUGGACCAGGACCUGAUUUGUCCUGUGUGCCAGAUGAACCGAAUCAGAACCAUCCCAUGUGUCCUGAUCUGUCGUCUCUGCAGGUCACAAAUGAUUCCUGGAUUAAAACGGACAAAUGUCAAAGUGAAGCUACAGACGAUUAUUAAUUAAUGUGAUCUGUUGUGAAGCCUGGCUGCUGCUGAAGGUCUAACUGUAGACCUGAUCCUUCCUGUGGUCUUUGGUUUUAUGAUUAUCCUCCUCUCACAAAGUAUUUGGAUCUAACUUGUGAUCGGUUUCCUGUUUCCACAUCCUGAUGAGUGACGUCAACUCAGUUUUUGGUCUUCACCAGCUCCUCUGUAGCUGCUGAAGCCUAAUGCUGAGAUGAUUCAGGCCUGAUGGUGAGUUGCUGCUUUUCUUCCAUUAAACUCCAGGUCUUCCUCCCUGAUGUUUCAGUUACUUCUCCCAGGCUUCUUCAAUGCCCUGGUGACUGCUGGGUAAACGGCACACACUGGUUGUAUGUUACAUGACUGAGUGCUUAACAUGGUUUUUCUGCUUUGUGUUUUUGUUUUUAGCACCAGACACAGUGUAAAGAUGGAAAAACAGUUUGUAUUUUUGGGAAUUGAUCAGAUUUCAGACUUGUGAAAAUGAUUCAAGUUGUGAGCAUUUGAAACAUGGUGAGAAACUUCAAAUAGGUGUAUAAUCUUAAAAUGGUAUGUAGUAAUUUUUCAGCUGGCUGCGAUAACACACGCCGCAUAGUUUUACACAACACCUGGGAAAUCAUUUUGAGUAAUGGUAAAAAAGAAAUGAGGCAUUGAUGUAGAGUAUGUUUCAUAAUGACAAUAUAAAGCACAAUUUAAAUACUUGAAUUGAAAAAGGCCACAAUAGGUGAAUAUUUCCUCCUUUAGUGUCCUUUUAAUACAUCCACUGUCACUGGAUGAAGUGUGAUUUCAGCCUGUUUCCUCCUCCGACUGUGUGGUGCUUAAUGUUGUUUCUGUCCCAGUUGUUAUGCUUUUAUUAAACCUGAGCAUAAAAACAUGUGACUGUGAGGGUGGGGUGCUGAAUUUCAAAGUAAAAGACUUCACUGGCAUCAUGUUUGCAACAGGUGCAGCUCAGUCUGUUGAAUCACAGAAGCAGAACUGAACUGGCUUUGAGAGCCUGAAAGUGUCUUCAUGUUUGAAGCAAACAUCAGUAGAUUUGUUUCUUCAUGACGUCCUUAUAUCGCUUCCUGCCAAAUUUACAUUUAAACGUGUUUCUGUAAAUGGUAUUAACUAAAUGUAACAAUAAAACCUUUGUAUACUGAUGUGCACGUAAA